UGCGCAGAAUUGUCGAUGCCAACCUGGUUCCAGGAACGGCGACACACCGAGAUGAUAAUGGGUCUGAAGGAGGAGAUGCCGGAUAGGCACCUCUGGUAUGACUUUUUUUGCCCUCAUACUUUUGUUAAACUGCCUCUCCGUAUCGCUUUUUUUCUAUUUCAUCUGUUCCUUUGUGUUCCACUGCACUGUUUUAGGCGUAAUAUAUCAAAGGAACGAAUGAAGACGGUCUCGGUGGCCCUCGUUCUAUGUCUUAACAUUGGCGUUGAUCCGCCGGAUGUGCAACGACCGAAUCCAUGUGCCCGCACCGAGUGCUGGGUUGACCCGGUUGGUUUGAAUCCACAAAAAGCAAUGGCGAAAAUUUCGCUGGCCCUGCAAAAAGGUUACGAACGAUGGCAGCCAAGAGCAAGAUAUAAAGCGGCCAGUGACCCAACAAUAGAAGAUGUCCGACGAUUAUGCCAAAGUUUGCGACGUAACGCUAAGGACGAUCGCAUCUUGUUCCAUUAUAACGGCCACGGCGUACCGAAGCCUACUGCAAGUGGCGAAAUAUGGGUGUUCAACAAAAACUACACACAAGUAUCUUAUGUGUUUUUUGCAUCUAUGCAAUGCAGAAAUGCGUACUGUACAGAGGUUGCCUGUAUGUGCCCGUUUGUUUGCAUGUAUCUGUCCGCGUAUAUUUGAAC